AUGCAAAAUAACACUUCUCAUUUCACUUUCAUGAUCAUUUUCUUGAUCUCACCUCAUUAUCUAGCCUUCAACACUGGUGGAGGAGAUGGCGGAGAUGGUGGAAGGAAGAAGACCACGUCGGAAACAUCUUCAUCCCCUAAUGGUGGUGAAAGUGGUGCAACACGUGCACCUACUUGGGAUAACAACUGGGGUAGGGGUUCUAGCCUCGGAGGAGGAUGGGGUUAUGGCUCUGGCUCAAGUAGGUCGCCUGAUGGGUCAGGUCAAGGUUGGGUUUCUGGUUCUAGUGGUAGUGGUGAAGGUGGUUAUGGUAUUUAUGAUAAUGAUGGUUAUGGAGCUAGAAAUGAUUUUAAUGGUAAUAAUGGUGGUAGUUCAGGAGGAAGAGAACUACCACUUUCAGAAUCAUCUUCAUCCCCUAGUAAAGGAAGUGGUGUAGCUCAUGAACUAACUAGGAAUAACUGGGGUUGGGGUUCUAGCCCUAGCGAAGGAUGGGGUUAUGGCUUUGGCUCAAGUAGGUCGCCUGAUGGGUCAGGUCAAGGUUGGGUUUUUGGUUCUAGUGGUAGUGGUGAAGGUGGUUAUGGUAUUGAUGAUAAUGAUGGUUAUGAAGCUAGAAAUGAUUAUAAUGGUAAUAAUGGUGGUAGUUCAGGAGGAAGAGAGAUACCACUUCCAGAAUCAUCUUCAUCCCCUAGUAGAGGAAGUGGUGUAGCUCAUGAACCUAACUGGGAUUAUAACUGGAGUUGGGGUUCUAGACCUAGCGAAGGAUGGGGUUAUGCCUCUGGCUCAAGUAGGUUGCCUAUUGGAUUAGGUCAAGAUUGGGAUUUUGGUUCUAGUGGUAGUGGUGAAGGUAGUUAUGGUACUGGUGAUAAUGAUGGUUAUGGAGCUAGAAAUGAUUAUGGUGGUAAUGAUGGUGGUAGUUCAGUAGGAAGAGAGAUACCACCACCAGAAUCAUCUUCAUCCCCUAGUGGAGGAAGUGGUGUACUCAUGGACCUAAUUGGGAUUAUAACUGGGGUUCGGGUUCUAGCCCUAGCGGAGGAUGAGGUUAUGGCUCUGGCUCAAGUAGGUCGCCUAAUGGAUUAG